CUUUUUUGAGGCACAAAGUGGAGCAUUGUGCAAUGCAUACUCAUACGCUUUCACACCAAUAUUCACUACUACUGCUUCCUUUGCUUCUCAUCUUCUUCUCUGCCCCUUAUUCUAAAGCAGCUUAUAAUAUUCCAAAGCUCAGUCCACUGUUUAGAACAGUUCUUCAAGACCCCAAUACCCUAUCAACAUCAAUUUCAGAGGACUUGGAAACCUUUUUUUACUCACAAACACUUGAUCACUUCAACUACAGACCCGAAAGCUAUACCACUUUUAAACAAAGAUAUGUCAUCAAUUCCAAAUACUGGGGUGGUGCAAAUGAAAAUGCACCAAUAUUUGCUUAUCUUGGUGCAGAAGCACCUUUAGAUGACGAUCUAACUGGUAUUGGGUUUCUCAAUGAAAAUGCCCCCCGCUUUAAAGCUCUACAAGUCUAUAUAGAGCAUCGGUUCUAUGGAAAAUCGGUUCCAUUCGGAUCGUUUGAAGAGGCAAUCAAAAACCAUAGUAUUCGUGGCUAUUUCAACUCGGCUCAAGCUAUAGCAGAUUAUGCAAAAGUAUUGAUGUACCUCAAGAAAAAAUUGUCGGCCCAAAAUUCUCCAAUUAUUGUCAUUGGAGGAUCUUAUGGGGGAAUGCUUGCUUCAUGGUUUCGACUGAAGUAUCCACAUAUCGCUCUUGGUGCUUUGGCUUCAUCAGCUCCAAUUCUUUACUUCGACGACCUCACUCCACAAAACGGAUAUUAUUCCCUUGUCACCAAGGAUUUCAAAGAAGUUAGUGAGAACUGCUACAAAACCAUUAAAGAAUCAUGGUCUGAGAUUGAUAAAGUCGCUUCUAUGUCCAAUGGCCUUUCAGUCCUCAGCAAAAGAUUCAAGACUUGCAAGCACUUGAACAAUUCUUCAGAGCUCAAGGACUACUUAGAUUCAAUGUAUGCCACAGCUGCUCAAUACAAUCAGCCACCGGAAUAUCCGGUGACGAAGGUCUGUGGCGGCAUCGACGGAGCUUCUGAAGGAAGUGAUAUUCUUGGCCGGAUAUUCGCCGGUGUUGUAGGUUAUAAAGGGAAUUGGUCAUGCUAUGAUACAGGUCAAUACAUCUAUCCUGAUGAAACAAAUGUGGGAUGGGGAUGGCAAACUUGUAGUGAAAUGGUGAUACCCAUCGGCCGUGGUAGAAACGACACCAUGUUCCCGCCAUCACCGUUUGAUUUCAAACAGUAUUCUGAUCACUGUAAAAGCUUAUACGACGUCCCACCUCGACCUCAUUGGGUUACAACUUAUUAUGGAGGCCAAAGUAUAAAAUUGGUGCUCCAUAGGUUUGCUAGCAACAUCAUCUUCUCCAAUGGCUUGAGAGACCCUUAUAGUAGUGGAGGGGUGUUAGAAGAUUUAUCAGACAGUCUGUUGGCAAUCUACACCGUUAAUGGAUCGCAUUGCUUGGAUAUUCUUCCAGCAGAUGUAAGUGACCCACAGUGGUUGAUCAAACAACGAAAGAUAGAGGUGGAGAUCAUGGAAGGAUGGAUAAAAAAGUACUAUGCUGAUCUUCUUGCUCUCAAGAAAUAGAACAAUGUCCAAUCAUUUAUGGAUAAUUAUGUGAUCGACCCAUUUCAGCCACUGAUUAAAUAAAAUGAAAAUUGUCA